UACAUGUCGAAUUUUUCGUGAUAGAAAAAAAUUUUAAAAUAUUAACGGAUUUAGCUUAAUUUUGGGAUAGAGGAAUUUUGUGGGGUCCCUGAUUACGAAAUUAAAGGCAAAUUUUUAAAAUACAAAAUGGCGGUCAAAAAAAAAUUCUUAAAUGUUCAUAAAACUUGGUACCGAGGGGUUUUUGGGGUCGCUGAUCACUUAUUUAAAGUCAGAUUAUCAAAAUACAAAAUAGAAAAUUCAAUAUGGCUGUCGGAUGUAUAACAAUUUCUUUAAUGUUCACAAAACUUGGUAUCUAGAAGUUUUUAGGGCCGCUGCCCACAAAUUAUAUCGUGUGCCUGCUUCCAGGGCACCUCCACGUGGUGACAACGGGCAACGGAGUUGUACCGUGAUCCGGCAGAGUUCCUGGAUCACGAUCCUUAAGAAUCACCUUUACGCCGUCAUGGUAGGCACACGAAAAAAAAGUACGAUGCAGGGAGUCGGAACCCCAGUAUCGGUGGCUGGACAGGGUAAGAAAGCGGGCCCGCAGGCGUCGUCAUCAAGCAACCGCAGCUCUACAUCGGUGGGUGAUCUGAUUUCAAAAUCAUAGUUGGCGAGCUCAAAAACUCACAG